GCAAAGUUGUAUAAUAAAAAAUAUUUUCCUAAAAUUAAAUAAAUCUCGAAAAUGAACAAAAUGCAAAAAAGUGCAAGUUAAAUUCACUUCGAAAGCAAGAAGACACAAUAAUCUUUAGAUUCAUUCCUUAUAUUUACUCGGUAAUUAAUACAAAAUUGUACAUAACAACUUGCAUGACGUAACGUACAAUUAAUGAAAAAUAUGGCUAUAUCUUAUCGACUGCAAUUAGUCGAAAUAAUUGCGUCUGACCGCAAUAACUGUUGGUAAUUUUGUAACUUCACGCAUUACUAUUAUAUUGUUGUUGUACAAUUUAUGACGUUGUCAUCAUUAGUAAUUGGAAAUCUCAUCGUUAUAUUUAGAAAAUCGUAUUUAGACGUUAUUGAAUUAUGGAAAUAUUGUUUUGAGGGUCACAAAAAUGCGAAGUGUUUAUCGACUUGCAAAAUGGUGGACUGCAUUACCAUAUGCAACACCGCUUGCAUAACAUGCAUCUGGUGCAUUCUCUUUUCGGUAUGUUUCCCAGGAUUCUCGAAAAAUCUUAAAAAAGUGGAUUCAAGCGAAUGUUGCGUGCCCAAAAAACCGAUUCGAAAACACCGGAACGCGCAUUUACGCGAUAUCCCGAAAUGCGUAAAAGCUGACUCAGUUCGCGUACGAUGGAGAUUCAAAGAUCCCUCGUGCUUCGAAUGUAAUCGUGAAGAUGGACGAGGACAUCGAUCGUAUCUCAGAGAGAAGAUGUGCAAUCGAGAAUCGGGAGAAUGUCGAAAUGCGCGUCGAUGCAUGACACAGAAUAGACCUACCUCGCCGAUCGAUAGCAAACAAAACAUUCGAAUCAUUCAAAUUAUGAAACAUCCGGAUAGUUGCAAUGGAUCGGACAGCUCUUUGAACAGGAAAAACAAUAAUGCAGUCUGCAGCAUAGACGGUGGCGAACAUGUGUGUAAAAAAUCUUAAAGUGGAC